AUGAAGGACAUGCAUCCUCGGGUGCUUGGCUAUCUACGAAUUCGGUCAUACGGAAGUAUCGUCCCUCACGACCGACCUACUCACGCAGAAGCUUCGGAAUGGGAUUCCGGUUGGUUCAGUGUUCUGACUGCAAUUUUUGCUUUUGAGCCCUCGUCGGGAUCUUCCAGUAUUACAUCAGAACCGGCGAACCAGACGCCCCGUUCAGAUGCCCGAUAG